AUGGAGCUCAGUCAGGCAGUCACGGACAACCUAGAGGGCGACAUACUUUCCUUCCUCCGCCUAACUACCGAGGUUGAUGAUAAAGCUUGUCUUGCUUUCAUCAUGGAGGCGUCGUUGCGAGCACUCGCCCAAGGACAGAACCUACUCAAUACGAUAUUUGGGGCAUUCUUGACAACCCAGUACAUUGAGAGUGGCCAGCUUACUAAACGAGACAUACUUGACAACUACUGCACUUGCCCGGACACAUUUACACGUGCCAAUACGGAUCACUAUUAUGAUGGUAAUCUUCUUCAAGUGCAUCAACCGUACGAUGUCCUGAAGCUCAUUCGUAACCGUGUUGAAGCGCAACAUCGGUAUGAAGUCAAGGCCGGCGCGAAGCCUGCUUGGGAUAUAGCUGAGAUGUCCAAAAUGCUGUCGACAAGAUAUAGUCCCUUACCAAACGAGUGGAUUGACGGUUACUCUGGCACUAACAUGUCUCUCAAGGCGACCAUCUAUCACCCAGAGUCGAAUAUGUACCGAAGCAAAUCGUCACACCAUCCAUACAUCCUAUCAGUCGAGAAGCCACACAAUAUGUGCUUGGAUGUGAAGGGCAAGAUUGCAUUGCAUUAUUAUGACAAUGAUAUUCUCACAAAGAACUGCAUCAACCGCGUGAAGGGGUUGAAGACCAACCACCCUGCCGAGGCUAUCAUCAGGCUAUUGAGAGCGAUUAGAAUGUUCUUGAACGGGUUCCUCUUCUCUUUCAGGAGCUAUCCAAUACCGAACACUGACUCACCGUGGACUGACAACGAGUGGAAUAUCAUACUCGAUGACAUUCGUCAAAUCGAGAGUGACAGAGGCUCAGGGAGCAUGAAUCAACAUAAGCUUAUGUUGCCGCGCAUGGGCAAGGAUGGGAUUCCCUGGCCAUGGCCAGAAAUCACUUGUCCCAAAGAUGUUGACAGGUUUCUUGUAUACCAGGAAUUUCAUGGACGCCUUAGGACAAUGACGGAGAUGUGCAACAAGCACCACACAACGGACGAUUCACCAGCAACGUUAUUCCUUGAGUACAUUGUGCAGUGGUUCGAAACUGGUGGCAAGUGCCAUUUCUUUGGGUUUUCCAUGACAGCUUUCCGCGGACACCCAACCAACUUCUCCUUUGGUCGUGGUUUGGUACAACACAUAAAAGAUGCCACUUCGCGCAACAUCCAAGCCGGAGAGCCUAUGCGAACAGGCUUCAUGAGCCUGCUGCCGAAAAACAUGGCCACUGAGUGUGAUGUCCCGCGGCGCACAGUCAUCUUUGAGUCUUGGAGGGCCAACAUCUUGCGACACCACUACCCUUCCAGUCCCGCCUUCACGAAGAUACUGGAGGAUGCUAUCCUGGAUCUACAAGACGAGAACGACUGGUACGGCCCAGUGGGUAAGCUGAACGACUAUGCGUACGUCCCAAUGCCCAUGAGUUACAGGAGGAGAACCCGGUGGUUUGACGCCUUCAAAUCUGGCGAGGACGAGGUUGAAGACUGGAGUGACGAGGACUUCGAUGACGGGGUUGGCUCUAAUGGGUAUGAGGAGGACGAUGAAGAGAUUGACGUUCUCGCGGAGCAUGAGGCCGAAGUCCAGGCCGUUCAGAACUCUGGAGACUUGGAGGAAGAACCUGAAGGCCAACAGCCACGAGAGACGAUCCUGGAGACUCGGGAUGAGAUCAAUUCCCAGUACUCGGAGGAUUGA